UAACGUGGCAUUAGUAAACAAAGAUGGCGGACCGUAGAAAGGUUUUGUUGAAAUAUCACUGACUUAAAGCAAUACUUUAAGAUUGGGUUGUGGUUUCUUGACAAAAACCAUACAUUUCUGAUCACACAAGUAAAGUAAUAUAGGGCUUGAAAUGGCUGGAUGGGCAGGAUUUUCUGACGAGGAGUUACGAAGAUUACAGCAAAAGGAUCAGGUGGUGGUGUCUGCAGGUUUACUAGGCGGUCGCGGGAGGAGACCUACUCCAACUAAUCGGAGUCGGCAGCAAUUGCAACGAGAGAAAGCCCUUCAGUUUGCCGCAGAGCAAAAGAGUGGACCAAUGCUGUCUGCACUACCACCGGAGCAGAAACUCGCCAUGCCCCCACCACAACCUGUGAGACAACCUGUUGCUACCGUGAAGCCAGUUGAGGCACCGAGGGUGAAAGUAGAGACCGUGGUCGUGAAUCAUGACCCAGCGCCAGUAGAAGAAACGACACCGAUUGCAAUAGAAUUGGAAAAACAGGAAGCGGAAUCGCGAGAAAAGACCCGUAUGGAACAGCUGCAGGAGGACCAAAAGAUGAUGGAAGAGAAAAACAAGCGCAAGAAAGCUCUCCUCACCAAAACCAUAGCUGAAAAGUCCAAGCAGACCCAGGCGGAGGCGGUGAAGCUGAAGAGGAUCCAGAAGGAGUUACAGGCCCUGGAUGACAUGGUGUCUAACGACAUCGGUAUCCUGAGAGGGAGGAUAGAGGAAGCUAGCUGGGAUUACAAUGCUGCAAGGAAGCGCUACGAGAAGGCCGAGACGGAGUACGUGGCGGCCAAGCUGGACCUCCACAGGAAGACGGAGGUGAAGGAACAGCUGACAGAGCACCUGUACGCCAUCAUCCAGCAGAACGAGCUGCGCAAGGCCAACAAGCUCGAGGAGCUGAUGCAGCAGCUGCACCUCCAGACCACAGAAGAAGAAACAAAGGAGGAGGAGAAGAAGAAGGUGGAGGAAGUGGAGGAGAAAACUAAUGGUAAUACCGCAGAGGAGACGCUCCAGGAAGAAGGGGCUGUCGUGGACCAGUCUGUGCUGGAUCAGGGCUCCAUGGCAGGCACGCAGACUGAAGCUCAAGUGGAAGGCACCACGGUCCAUAAAGACUGCCCCCCAGUGUCGGAACCAAAGGCGAGGGACCAGGACUGUAAAAUGGCUGACGGUGCCCCCAUGGGGCAGACGGAGGCUCCAGCAUCAGCCUCCUGAUGCUGGCAGGGUGGGGUGGUGGAGGGGUAGGGGAGGGCCACAUCUAUGAGAGCAGCUUGUCUACUAGCAGGAUGGUCUGUAAAAUGCAUCUUUCCUGCCUCAACAUACUCAACACUUAAAAACAUUCAACUAGACACUACAUUCUCCACAGCUGUCAUAUUUACAGUGUUCCUCUUGUGUGAUUGGAACUGCAAUUGUAAUAUUUUUAUUUUAUAUAAUGUAACCCCUUCCCCUGUCCCGCUAAACACUCUGUAAUCAUUUGGAAGGCGGUUGCGUUUGUAUUUUGUUACUGCCUGUCUGUGUCGCUUGUUCUUAUUGUGGCUGCUUCAAAAAUCAUCUGGCCUCCAGCACUUUGUCUCAACAACACUUGGCUUCACAUCCAACUGUAUGUGAAUGUCGACUUCCCAAGCAAAUGUUCAAUUUAAAGAAUCACCAUUUAAGAUUGUUUUGUCUUUGCA